AUGCCUGCAGUUUGGGAGGUCGUUGGUGGCACAGACAAGGGUGGCAUCCUCGUCAGACAAGGCCAUGAGCUCAACUCUGCGGAGCAGGGUCGCCUUUCCACAGGGGCACUCAUCAUCGAGAAAGAAGUGCAUGGGGAGCGCAUGAGAUACUCCCGGAUGACUGGUUCCGGGCCCGAGUCUGGCUGGGUGAGCCUAAAGGUGAAGGACAAAGCCAUGAUCAUGAAGAGGGAAGCGAAAAGAAAGCCACGAGUACUGGCGCUGCACGGUGCUCCGAGCAACUCAAACAUCAUGAAGUUCCAGACAGCACAGCUGCGCAAGCUGACUGGUGAGGAUUUCGAGUGGAUCUUCCUGGACGGGCCUUGUGCUUGGAAGCCCCUUCCAGGCUCGGAGCUGCUCCACCUGGCGGAACGCACGUCAAUGGAAAAGGCCAUUGCCAAAGACAAGCCCUUCGUCCAGUGGUAUUCGCACCCUGAACCUUCUCCGGAGGAGGCAGCCGCUGGCAAGGGACGAACGAUGAGCUUUGACGACGCCAAGUACGAGAACGUAGAAGAGGGCGUGAAAUUUCUGGAUAAGUAUUUAGAAGCAAACGCUCCUAUCGACAUUGUUGUGGGCUUCUCGCAAAGUGGCACGCUGCUGGCCAUAUAUAUGGACACCCUCCGGAAGGCCAACAGGUCAAUGCCCUGGCUCUUCACCGUGCUUUUCUGCGGCGCCAUGAUUGAUGAUGCGCGCUAUGCCUUGGAUGAGCCCUUGGCUUUGCCAGCACUGUAUGUCCAUGGUGGCGAUGCAGAUCCAUGGGGGCGACACGGCGAGCGCUGCCUCCCGAAGAUGUACGCAGACCUGGAGAUGUUGGAGCAUACUGACGGACACGGCUUUCCUUCCUCUGCACCCAGGGCCUCCGAGAUCUAUCAGCGCGUGCUGCAGCGAAUGAGUAUGGGGCCUGUGCUGAUGCUGGCAUAUGGAGCUGAGAAAAAGAAGCGUCGGAGUGAGAGCGUGGCCAAGAGCAAGGGCUACAAGGUGGUGAAGCUGUCGGGCACUGAGUUCCGCCGACGUCUCCGCGCCGGCGAGGAGAUCCCCGAAUGGUUCGCGUUCAAGUCCGUUGUUGACAUCCUGCGCAAAGCCGGCGACAGCGCCUUUUGCGCGUAG